AUGGUUAUUACUGGAAGUGACACACAAGGUAUUGAUGAUCUCAAGUCAUAUCUCAGUGAAUGUUUUAAGAUGAAAGAUCUUGGAUCCUUGAGUUAUUUUAUUGGCACGUCUUCCACUGGAUACUUCUUAUCACAAGUGAAAUACGCAUCUGAGAUUGUACAACGAGCAGGAUUAUCUGACAAUAAGGUAACUGACACACCUCUUGAAUUGAAUAUUAAAUACAGUUCUACAGAUGGGACUUUAUUGUCCAAUCCAACAUUGUAUAGUAAGUUAGUAGGGAGUCUUAAUUAUCUGACCAUUACAAGAUCAUAUAUAAGUCAUGUUGUUCACAUUGUCAGUCAGUUUAUGUCUGCUCCAAGGUCUACUCGUUAUGCAGCUGUUCUCAAAAUUCUGAGAUACAUCAAGGGGUCUCUGUAUCAAGGCCUAUGUUUCUCUUCCAAGUCUGAUCACACUCUUCCUGCAUACUCUGAUUUAGAUUGGGCUGGGGAUGUUACAGACAGAAGAUCUAUUACAGGUUAUUGUGUGUUCUUGGGGGAUUCUUUGAUUUCCUGGAGAAGUAAAAAGAAAAGUGUGGUUUCUCGUUCUAGUGCUGAAGCAAAGUAUAAAUCUCUUGUUCACACCAUGUCUGAGCUGAUUUGGUUACGAUGGCUCCUUUGUGAUAUGAGAGUUCAACUUUCUACUUCUACACCAGUGUACUGUGAUAACAAGGCUACUAUUCAGAUUACACACAAUGAUGUUUUCCAUGAACGUACAAAACAUAUCGACAUAGAUUGCCAUUUUACUCGCCAUCAUUUAAAAAAAAAGGUACAAUCACUCUUCCGCAUGUCAAAUCAGAAUUUCAAGUGGCUGAUAUCUUCACCAAGACUUACUCUGCAUCUCGUCUUCAAUUUUUAG